AUGCCGCUAGUGCCGCAGGACGUAAGAGGAGUGAGUACCCGUGCAAUGUCAGAAGCGCAGCGUGUGAGGGAAGAGGGUGCUGCAGCUCAAACCAGUGAUGCAGAAGCCAAGCCUGUCCAGGUGGAUCUUCUACUACAGCUGCAACAAAUGAUGAUAGAGCAAGCGCGUCGCCAAGAAGAGCAAGCGCGCCGCCAAGAAGAGCAAGCACGCUGUCAGGCAGAACAGCUUCCGGAGCAAGCACGCUAUCAGGCGGAACAGCUACGGGAGCUGAAAGAAGAUCAAGCUCGUCGCCAAGAGGAUCAAGCUCGCCGCCAAGAGGAGCAAGCGCGUCGCUUGGAAGAGAUGCACAAGGAUUUCACGAAGGGACUGCAAAAGGCUGUCGAACGGGUACAAGAAGUGGAGGAAGGGUUAGGCAAGUUGGAACAUCGCGUCAUGGCGAUAGAGGAGAGAGUGGAAGAAGAGAUCUCCAAAAUCAAGCAGGAAGUGACAAGCCCAAGCCCUUUGAAGAGCCGAAGCCGUCUUGCAGCCGUUUUUGACGCCCCAAAUGUGGCCUCAAGCGCAACGAAAGGGCUCAAGAUUCCCCAUUACGACGGAACAACAUCCUGGACCGCGUUCAAGCUACAGUUUGAGACACUUAUGGAGGCUUAUGGUUGGACUCAGAAGGAAGCACAGUCAGCGAGGGCUGACUGUGCUUCCUGGCCCUCCGUGAUCAAGCGCUCUCGGUGCUGGAAGCUAUCGGCGCAAGUGGGGAUCUCAGCUUCAGUGCCCUCCUCGACGCACUUGAGGCACGUUUUGGAGACAGCCACCUCGAACACGGUGGUCUCAAACGUGUGGUUCGACGGGUUCAUAUACUUCAUGAUCCUGUGCAACACCCCCGUUAUACUGUGCGAGGUGGCCAUGCCUACACCCGUAACGGCAACCGCCAUGAUGACUAUCAAAUCUCUUAAUCUAUUCUUUUACAUUGUCUACGUGUUGGAGAUGAUCAUCAAAAUGUGCGCUUUCGGAUUCUGUGGUUACUUCAAGUCGCACUGGAAUAAGCUGGACUUCUUCAUCAUCGUUAUGGCCACCAGCGACUUAGUCCUGGACGUGCUAGAUGCACUAACGACAUGGGACAAAUGGAGCAACUUUAACUCCAGCUUCAUAACAGCAACCAAGUUGUUGAGGAUGCUCAGAUUUUUGCGUCUCUGUAAGCUGGCCAGGGUGUCAGUGCCAAAAAUAAUGGCGUACAUAGACCGUAUGAUCGACAUACAACUAGCUUUUGGAUAUGAUGUCGGAAAGAAUAGGUCGGCAAACGAGCAGACGGAUUACCUAAUGGUCAUCCAACAGGUUUCUGUUUCCAGGUUGGUAGUGACCCGUCAGCUAGGUUUACUGCAGAGAGACAGGCCCUGGACAGCCAUCACGGUGAAGACGAAACAGGCAACGACCUCCACCCUAAACAUCAUGAUCCUGGAUGCUAUGCAGCUUAAGGAGGAAGGUUUUUUGGAUGAAAUGGAAUACAGAUUACUGCUUACUGCGAUUCGAGAGAAAAUACAGUUUUGUCGUCACAAAGGUAGCUUGGUGGCGCCCUCGUCGCCUGAGACUCAACUCCGCGCUGUAUCUUGGCUGCAGGGCAACGAGCGGAUAGCGGACUUCUUCCUAGAACAUUCUGAUAUACUCAACUUCAAUAUCAACGAUAUAUUGAUAUCCAGAGGAGACGAGCCCAAAGGUCUGUAUAUCCUAGUGUCUGGUCUGCUCGAAGCGACGUACGUGCCGCCCGACGAUGGCCUGGACGAGGCCAUACCUAACUACGAGUUUAUCACAGACCUCAAGUUUGGAGAGCCGAGCCAGGAUUAUAUUGUGUCUGGGAACGCUGUUGGGGUUCUUGGGGUGCUAACAAACCGUCCGUAUAGCUACACGGUGCGGUGUGACUCCGCGGUGCAAGCGUACUACAUUACUAUGCCUAUCGUUAAAGAAGCUUUCAACCUUGCUCCUCACCCCAUCAUGGGUCUGGAAGCAUCGAUGUGGCGUGAGAUAGGCAUCAAGUUAAGCAUGAUGGUGCUUCCCACGGUGCCGGCCUACCACGGCUGGCCAGUGGAGCGACUCAGCAUGAGGCUGGAACAUGCCUUCGUACCCUGUCUUAGAGCUUUUAAAGUUUUCGUGGUGAACGAGCUGAUGGAAGACAUCGUGCUGCUGGACGGUAUCUGCCAGGAUAUGGCCACCAGGGAGGUGUUCCAGCCACCCGCCUACAUACCCAGGACCGCCCACCGGUUAAUAUUUCCGAAGUCCUCGCAGCUGAUAGUGUCUGGUAGCUGUCCCGAGACCAAGUUACUCAUAGUUCCCGCUAAAGACACGGACGAACUGGACAUUUUGGAGGAUGAGGUCGAUGACCUUCAGUGCGAACUGAUAUCAAAUGUAUCAUCUCGGUGCCUCUACCACCGCGUGGCGAGACGCAUCUCAGCGGAGUCGAAGGCAGUAGUGUCGCGCAGAGGGCGCAGUAAGCGGCGCCGAGCCGGCAGGAGAGUCAACUAUCGAGAGUCCGUUUGGGGCAAGCAGCUCUCGUCGCAGAUAAUGAGCGGUACUAGCGAGAAGGAACUGACUUCCAAGUAUUACAAACCUAGUGUUAGCGAAAUGCCUGAAAAACUAGAAGCUCCGACGAAACCAAAAGAAGUCGCGAAAGGACCAUCGGCAAACAUACAAGUCAUAGAUGAAGUAACUGGAAUAUCGAAUGGGACGGGCCCCUCAACCGCCCAGAAUUCCGAAGAGGAGAUCUACAAUACUAUGCUGACUAAACUUAAGAAAACUGACUUUAUUGAUCCUUGA